AUGGAAAUAUCAGUUCAUGCCCCCGCUGACUUUCACGUCCAUCUACGACAAGGGCAGAUGUCUAGACUCGUCACCCCUCACGUACGAAAAGGGGGCUUCAAUCUCGCCUACGUUAUGCCCAACUUGAAACCGCCUAUUACCACCACCUACCAGGCUUUGGCUUACAGGGCAGAGCUUGAGAAGAUCGAACCAAAUGUGGAAUUUCUGAUGACACUUUAUCUGUCGCCGGAUUUGACUCCAGAAGAAGUCCGCAAGGCUGCUGCUGCGGGAAUCGUAGGAGUCAAAUCGUAUCCGCGCGGUGUAACAACCAAUUCGGACGGCGGUAUCGAGUCAUACGAGACUUACUACCCGGUAUUUGCUGCCAUGCAAGACGUGGACAUGGUUCUUAAUUUGCACGGAGAAAUACCCUCGAAUGUCUCCACUAAUAUCUGCGUUAUCAACGCGGAGCCGGCCUUUCUCCCGCAUCUCCGCAAGCUGCAUGCGACGUUCCCGAAGUUACGCAUUGUGCUUGAGCAUGCGACCACUCGCGCGAGUGUGGAGUGUGUCAAGAGCUUGGGAGAUACUGUUGCAUGCACGAUCACGGCGCACCAUCUUGCGCUGACGGUGGACGAUUGGGCAGGACAGGGCUGGAACUACUGUAAACCUGUCGCGAAGUUUCCUGAUGACCGACAGGCUCUUCGCGACGUUAUUAAAGAAGGUCAUCCACGAUUUUUCUUGGGCUCGGAUUCUGCCCCUCAUCCUCCCCAUACCAAGUCUACAUCAACAUCAUCCCAAGGCUGCGCAGCAGGCGUGUAUACAUCGCCUAUCUUGCUUCCCCUUACUGCCCACCUUCUCGAGUCCUUUGGAGCAUUAGACAAACUGGAAGGCUUCGUCAGCACGUUUGGUCGACAAUUUUACGAGCGUAGACCAGAUGUUGGCGACGCGCGGAAUGUAGUCGUCCUGCGUAAAACAACUGGCCAACUUAUCGACGAAAGAUGGUCGCUGGGCGAGGAGAGUGUCACCCCUUUCUGGGCGGGGAAAAGUAUAAGCUGGGCCCUAGCAGAUGUGUAGAGUGUCUUAUAACAAGCCGUAGCAAGUGCGUAGAUGAUAUGACAGCCUAACUAAUUGACAGAGUUACAGACGUGAACAUCGCGGCUUCAGGCUAUUCGUUAUCCUUUAUCCACCUGUUCCUCGUCGAGACGGUGCCCUGCCUUUCGCGGGGCCUUUGGCUUUCUGCGCUUCUCCAAUGAGUUCGCCAAUGAGUUUGUUAUAGGUCUCCGAAUCCUGUUGUAGCGCAUCGCGUGUCUGCAACAGCCAAGUCAGAACAGCUGAAGCACUCGCAGUUUGCUUGCGCAAUUCAGCAAGCUGAGCCUCCAGUUUCGGGAGCGGAACGAGUGUUAAUGAUUCUGGGUUCGUCUCCAGCAACUCUGUCACCUUCACCUCAUCAAGCUCUGGCUUCGGCCCUAAGCCGAGUCUAGUGGCAGUAUCUCCCCGACCUGGUUGAGGGGUGCCGGAACGUGGCGUCCCAGUUCUAGAGUUGCUUGCUGAGGCUGCGUGCCCGUUACUCUGAGAGACACCAUUUCUCGCUGUCGGUGGGGCUGACAUCGGUCGUGUACUUAUUUGCAGUGCAGGCAGCGGCUUGCUGUUCGCCCGUGGGAGUACCUCGUCGAGAUUGACGGGAAUCCCCAAAGAAAUCAAGUAUUGCCUUCGUAUGCGGGAUCGGGUCCAAUUCACCGGUUGGGUGGCUGGAGGUUGAGAGAAUAGUAUUUCGUAUAGAGUUCGGCUCUCGGGUGUUACGAGUAUUUGCUUCAGACCUUCGACUUGGCGGAUGUCGUCGUCGGUCAUAGCUCCAGCGAUGUCUUCAUCCGCCCACAAAAGCGACACAAGCCCUUCAACCUGUUCUUGGAGGUGAUCUCGAGACGGUCGAGGAUACAACCGUAACGGUUCCCAUGUCUGUGUGGAGAUGAAUGGAUUUGCUAACGAUACGUCUUCCUCGAAGUCUUGCCCUACACCGAAGUCGGACGAUGGCCCUAUGUUCUCCGCUUCACCGAAGUCGCCGAAGUCUGCGAAUUCAUCUUCGAGAGCAUCGUUCGACGCAUCGGUCGGCGCAGAGCCACCGAAGUCAUUGAAGCCCUGAAAGCCGUCAUCAGGAUCACCCGGGCCCGCCGUCGAAGAUUCGGCGAUGGACGAAGGCGGAGGCAGCGUUGUGGCUUCCGCGGGCGUCCCCCAAACGUCCGGGCCAAGACCGAGGCCAUCGUCCAUGAUUCGAGUUGUAGGUGAUAGAUGGGAGAUAGGAGACGUAACGAGGGCUAGCGAAAUUUG